ACCCAACUAACUAGCCAACCAAUCAAUCAUGUCCGACUCCAUCCCCUCAGCGCACGCCGACCCCGACGCCGCCGAGCAACCGCUCCCCGCCAACGCCGAGGACCGCAAAGCCGCCGCCGCCCUCUCCUCCCUCCAUACCAACGAGAUCGCCGCCACCGACUCCCCGACCAGGCUACCCUCGUCCGCUGACCAGGAGGCCCUGGGCAAGGCCAUGAGCCGUCUCGAGAUUGCAGCCGGUCACCCUGCGGGCAAGAAGCGGGCGGGGACGACGCAGCAGAGUAAGGAGGGAGGGGAGCUGGUGAAGAAGAAGGCCGUCAAGGUCAGCACCGACGAUGUCAAUCUUCUGGUGGAUCAGUUGGAUUUGAAUAAGCUCAGGGCCACGGAGCUGUUGAAGGCCCACGAGGGGAAUGUUGCGCAGGCAAUCAAGGCGUUCAUUACGCCUGCGACGCUUGCUCGUUGAGGCUGCUGGUCGCUGCUGGUCAGUCGGGUUUGAAAGUGGAGAUGGGGGCGGAUUGAUGGACUGGGCUUGGGAGGACGCGGGCGGAAGAAGAUCCCGAUUAAGACGGCGUUUUUGGUGGUAACCUUAAAGGGUUCGGAGUUCCCUCUAUCCUUUAAAAUAACAAAAUGUAUGACAGCUAUGAAACAAAUAUGCC